UCACCCGGCUUCAUUGUUUCGACUCCCGUCUCCCUCUUUCCGAGCCAUGGAGAACGAGCGCCCAAAGACCUGUACUUUUUUUUUGUUCUUUCUUCUUCUUCAAUCCCUUGAAUACAGAGAGAUAAGAGGGAGUUUUCUCUAAGAGAGAAUCCAAGUGGGAUUUGGAGAGGAAAGGGUGUCAUUUAUUGAGAGAGAGGGAAUCUUUGUCUUAUGGCAUGCCCGAGGAAGAAGAAGCACUUCAUUGAAAGCCUACCCAUUGGAGAUUCUGCUCUUUCCUUGGCCCAUCCCACCAUCCCACUUGAAGAAUUUUAUCUAAAACUGAAUCUUUUGUUGAUGAUUUCUUCUCCCAGAAGAUGAAAAGGUUGUGGGUAUUUGUCCAGUUUCUUACCGUGUUCUUGUUCUUCUUCCGAUUUGCCUCUCUGACAGUGCAAGGAUUCACUGGAACCUAUGGAAUAAAUUAUGGAAGAAUUGCAGAUAACAUUCCUCCACCUGAUAAAGUUGCUACUCUUCUCAGAGCAGCAAAAAUAAAAAAUAUAAGAAUUUACGAUGCUGAUCAGAGUGUUUUAAAGGCAUUCAGUGGUACUGGGCUUGAAUUAGUGGUUGGACUUCCAAAUGGAUUACUGAAAAAUAUGAGUACCAAUGAGGAUAAUGCAAUGAGUUGGAUUAAAGAGAAUGUACAGUCGUUCCUUCCUGAGACAAAGAUUCGUGGCAUUGCUGUGGGCAAUGAAGUUUUAGGAGUGCUUGAUGAUGAGUCGUGUGAAGCUCUUGUGGGUGCAGUGAAAAAUAUUUACAGUGCAAUACAUAAGCUGCAUUUGGAUGAUGUGAUUCAGAUUACCACGGCACAUUCCCAGGCUGUUUUUGCUAAUUCCUAUCCUCCCUCUUCUUGUAUAUUCAAAGAUAAUGUUGUACAAUAUAUGAAGCAGCUCCUGGAGUUAUUCUCAAAAAUUGGUUCUCCUUUUUGUUUAAAUGCCUAUCCAUUCCUGGCCUAUAUGAGUGAUCCAGAGAACAUUGAUAUUAAUUACGCUCUUUUUCAAUCAACCCAGGGGAUUUAUGAUCCGAAAACCAAACUGCAUUAUGAUAACAUGCUUGAUGCACAGAUUGAUGCAGCAUAUGCAGCGCUAGAAGAUGCUGGAUUUAAAAACAUGGAAGUCAUAGUUACAGAGACUGGAUGGGCUUCACGUGGGGAUGACCACGAAGCUGCAGCCACAGUAAAUAAUGCAAGGACAUAUAAUUAUAACCUGCGGAAAAGGCUUGCAAAGAAGAAAGGAACUCCUCUUAGGCCAAAAAGAGUAGUGAAAGGAUAUGUUUUUGCAAUAUUUAAUGAAGAUUUGAAGUUUGGGCCAGCUUCUGAGAGAAAUUAUGGACUGUUUAAGGCUGAUGGGAGCAUUUCAUAUGAUAUUGGGUUUCAUGGACUUGAAUCUUCAACUGCAGAUACAUCGCGUUUGUUUUUUAAGGGCAUUCGAGCGCGAGGUUGGUUUUGGCCCCAUUUCUUUGCAUCAGCAAUCUCUGCAAUGACAUUGCUUUUGUUAUCAAGUUAAUGAAUGAAAACGAGUGAGACAUUCGAAAGGCUUGGUAACCAUUUCAUUGCACACUUCAGAGGAUGAACUCUGUGCCAUUGAUUCUUGUCUUCAUUAUUUACUAGCAACUGCUGAUUAUUCUAUAUCUCGGCAAAUGUUAUUGGCUUUUUUGCCUUGUAAACAGUUGUUCUCAUGUUUAAUAUAUUUAUCAAUAUCUCAA